AUGAAGGUGGUAAACGUGAGGAAGAGAAAAAAAAUAACCAACAUGCAUUCCGUAAUUCUGCUAGUGUUGUCCUUUUUUUUGUCUUUCGGAAGAGGAAUGGAUUAUUACAAAAGGCUGGGGAUUAAAAGGAAUGCCAGCAAGGAGGACAUCUCAAAGGCAUAUAGGAAACUAGCCAAGGAGUAUCACCCGGAUGUAGCUCCAGAUAAAGAAAAAGACUUUAUAGAAAUAGCUAAUGCGUAUGAAACUCUGUCAGAUCCGGAGAAGAGAAAAAUGUAUGACAUGUAUGGUGAAAAUUACGCAGAUGGAGCAGCCGGAGGUGGUGAAGGAGGACCAGGAGGAGGAUUUGGGAGUGGCUUCCAUUUUGAUCAAGAUGUGGUAAAUGAAAUAUUUAGACAAUUCGCCGGAGGAGGAAGAGGUGGAGGAGGAGGGUUCCCUAAUUUUGGUCACCAUUUUGAGGAUGAAUAUGAAGAUAUAUACAAAAAUGAGGUAUUAAAAAUUAAUUCGCAAAAUUACGAUAAGGUAAUAAACGACAUCACAUAUUCCCUGAUAAUAAAUUUUUACUCUCCAUCAUGUUCCCAUUGUAAAUCUUUCAAAAAAAAGUUUUUAAAAUUUUCCAAAAAGUAUGAUGGGUACUUAACAUUUUCUGUAGUUAAUUGUCAAGAAGAAAAAAGUAUUUGCAGAAAAUACAACGUGAAAUCUCUUCCACAUAUUAUUUUGUUGAAGAAAAAUAAAACAUAUGAAACGUUUUAUGGAAACAGAACGGAUGGAAAUUUAAUCAGCUUUAUUGAGGAAAAUAUACCAUAUGUAUAUACAGAUAUUACUAGCCAGCGAAAAUUGGACUCCUUUUUAGUGAAGAAUAUAGAAACGCCAAAGGUGAUUUUUUUCAUCUCGUACAAUGAUGAUAUAGUUAUGUUGAAGGCACUCUCUGUAGAGUUUGAGAAGAGAAUAGACAUAGGGGUCAUUUACAGUUCCAAUUAUAACAUGAUGCAACUUUUCAACAAAAGAAAUGUGAAGACUCCAUCCAUUUUGCUUGUUGAAGAUAUUGAUAGCCUCUCUGGGGACUUAACCUUUUUGAAAAGCUUCGAUUUUAACCUAUUGUCGCUUAAGUUAAGUCACAUCGUCGCCCAGAAUAGGCUGAAAAAUAAUUUGUAUGGUCAUGUAACUUCCUACCAGGAGUUAACUAAGAAGAAAUUUGAGUCGGGUCAGUGUCAGGAGAAAGACUCGCAGAUUUGCUUCCUCAUUUUGAAACUACUAAAACAGAGUUAUCACAAAUUCGAUGAGGAUAUCAAAAAUGUGGCGGGGAAAUUUUCCAAAGAUCCGCUGAAAAUUAUGUAUGUUAAUGUGUUUGAACAGCCUCACAUUUUGGACUCCUUCGGGUUAGCCAAUGAGUGCAAGCAUGCCAACUGCCUCUUCCUUGUCGCCUUCAGGCCCAAGCGGCAGAAGUUCCGCUUGCUCGAAGGAGAGGUCAACGUGCAAAGCGUGCACAAGUUCGUGGAGGACGUGGUCAGCGGUGGGCUUUCCAUUAACCAGACCGUCAAGCGUGGGCUCCGCUUCGUCAGCACGCCGCACUACUCGGACGAGCUCUGA